ACGGAAUGACAGUCACAACUUAGGGGUGAUAAUGACGCCGAUGAUGAUAAUGAUGAUUUCAAUGAUGCGGAUGAGGAUGACAAUAAUGGUAAUAUGAAUCGUUGGAAUCUGAAGUCUGGGUAUGGCGAUAAUGAUGGUGAUAAUGAAUCGUUGGCAUCAUUGGAAUCACCUCAAAAUGGCAAUCACAACCAUGAUGAGGAGGAGGAGGAGGAUGGGGAUAAUGGUGGUCUGAAUAGUUGGACUCAGACGAUUGUGGAGCAUGGCGAUAAUGAGGGUGAUAAUGAAUCUUGGACAGCGUUGGAAUCACCUCAAAAUGGUGAUCGUGAUGAUGAUGAUGAUGAUGAUGAUGAUGAUGAUGAUGAGGAGGAGGAGGAGGAGGAGGAGGAGUAACUGAAGACUAGCUAGUAGCCACUGGAUAAUGAACAACCUAACCUGAG